AUGCAAAAUACUGUUGACCCUGAUAGUAUACCAAGUGGCAAUAUAAUUUCACAAAAAUGUAAUAAUGGUAUGCACAUUUUCAAUGAAGGCAAACAAAAUAGUAGUAAUAAAAAUAGAAAAGAUCAAGAGAAGGGACAAAUUGAAAAAAAUUAUUUAAUAAUACCAAAUAAGCAGAAAAAUGUACCUUAUAUCAGUGGGGACAACAUCACUGAGAAGGAUGGUAACAACAUUGCACAAAAAGAAUGUAAAAUAGUACCCACAACAAAUAAUACAUACUAUACACAUAAGGUUGAUUGUCUAAGACAUAAAAAUUCAUCCCAAAAUAUUUUAAUCAAUGAGGAGGAAGCCAGCACAAAAAAGAGCUUAGAAGAGGCUGUAAAUCGAAGGAAAAAAAUUAGCGAGAUGAUAUUAGCAAACAGCUCAUUAAAUUUAAGUUUAUCUAAUUGCAAUUUUGAAAAUUUCGAUAUUCGAAAGAAAACGUCAUUAUACAAUUCUGAUUAUGGUUGUGGAAUGGAUUUUGAAAAUCACGUGAAGUACAGCAAAAAAGUGUCCGAAGGAAAUUAUUCAGGCAUAACCAACCAAAUAGAGGAUAGGAAAGGAGAAACCACUAAUCGAUUCGGUUAUGGAAAUGAUGAUAGCAUAGGUCUGUCGAGAAAUAAUCACUUAAAUAAUUUACUACAUAGGAGUAAUCUAACAUAUAGAAUAAAGGAUCUCUCAUUAGGAAACUCGAUUUCUAUAAGAAUUGGGGACGAGGUGGGCCAAAGAAAUGACCAAAGACAUGGAGAUAAGAAAGACAAUUCUAAUGACAAUUUCAAGUGUGAUGAUGAAAUAGAUGAUUAUAAAACCUUCCUGACCUUGGAUAGCAACCAGACCAUAUUUAAAACCAAGCCACUUAAGCUUCCGGAUAUCUCCUUUCUAAAUAGUAGCAGCCGAGUUUACAAUACCUUAGAUUUUAGCAACGCAAGAGAGGAAAAUAGUACUAGUAAAAAUUUGUUCAGAAAUAAAAUUCUUUAUGAAAAAUUGGAUGGUUUAUCCUUUGAUCUAGACGAAGAGGACGACAGUGUUGGAGGAAGUAUGAACAUUAGUGAUUGCAGAGAUGUUAGUGGAGUCGUGAACUUUACUCAUGGCAUGCAUCUCAGCAGGAACAAUAAAUGGGACUCGAGAAGGAAGCUCAAUUUGUCCGCGGAGCAAAACACAGAAAAAGAUAAUGAACUGCAAAACAAAACAGGUAUGUUCGAGUGUAGUAAUAAAAACUUCUUUAACAAGAAUGUUGACUUACUCGAGCUAAAGAAGGAAAAGCAAAACAAUGUUGUUGAGAAUUAUAUAAAAAUGAAUAAAGUAGAAAAUUUCAACAGAGAGAAGCUAAUAAAUAACUGGAUUACAAGUAUCAAUCGGAUAGAUUACUCCAAUCCAAUUAGUCAUAUGCAUCAUGUUGAGGGGCCUGUUAGUAUACAUAAUGUAAGUAACACUAUGUAUAGCGAAAAUUGUCAAAAGAAUAAUAGCCAUAGAAAAAGCCAUAUACACAAAAUGAUUAAUCAGCAGAAUAAUGAAAUAAUAGGUAAAAACGCCUUUGAAUAUAAUUUUUUAAAAAAUAAUUCCAUAUGCAAUAGCAGCUAUCGUAGAAAAACUAUACAUUUAGGAGACAACAGUUUUAUGUAUAAUAAUGCACGAAAUUAUAAAAUCGAAAAAGACACAUACUAUACAAAUAGAAUUAGUAACACAAGUGACAUUUGUCCUGCCAACUACAAAUUCAGUAAUGUAUCUGAAGUUAUAUGCAAUGGUAGAAAUGAAAACCAUACAUGCAAUCAUAUGAAAUAUGGAAAUAUGUAUAUGCUAUAUGGACAACCAUAUGAUGAAAAAAAAAAUACGCAGGAAAGUAAAACAUAUCGUAGUAAUUCACAACACCACAAUUCGCAUCUUAACACCAUAGAAAGGUUUAAAGAAAUGUUAAUAAGCGUAGCAAAAGAUAAUUUAAACGAAUAUGCAAAAUGCAUACAAAGCAUUAAUGACGAAAGGUUAAAGAGUUACAAGUAUUAUAUCAAACAAGUAAAUGAUUAUAACUUUAGUCAGUAUGUGAAUGCUACGUUUAGAGAGUCCAUUCCAGUCAAAGGUAUAGAAGAAUCGGUGCUGACAAACUCAGACACGUUUUCUUCUAUGCGCAAUUCUGAGUGUGAAAACCACAAGUCUGCUUCAUCUAUCUACUGUGGUAAUAGUAGCUGUGAACAGUUAGCUAAUGUAAGUCUGGAAAGUAGUACCACGGGUAGUGCUAAUGAUUACAGCAGCGACAAUAGCUGCGAUAGUGACAAUGCCACUGGAAAUUAUAGUCAUAGUGACAAUAGUGGUAGGCAUGUGGCUAGUUGUAGCUUAAAAGUUUAUAAAAAAAAAAAAAAAAAAAAAAUUAAACCCACCAAACGCCUGAAAUCUAUUUCGAAAGAACAAUUUAAUUCGUGCCCAGAAAGAAUAAAAAAUGAACAACAUGUGAGCGCAAAUCACAGAGAUAAAAAAUAUAUACACAGUAAAAACAACAGUUAUGAAUACCAAAUGAGUUCGAAACAGAACAAAAGACAAACAUGUAUGAUUAGUGAAAGUAAAUUUGAAAAUGGUGCAAAAAAUAAUUAUCAUUAUACUUUAGAAAAAUUAGACAGUCUUAAAGAAAAGGGAGAAAGGAAUAGAGUGAACGACGUUACAUUUAACAGUGUUCAAAAUAAUUAUGUUAAUGAAAAUUUAAAGAAAAAAAAUAAAUUACAUGAGCAAUCGUUAAGCAAAAAAAAGUACCUUGCUAGAAGGAGCAACCUGUGCAAUCAAGAUUGUGCAUGUAGCAGUUGUAGUAGUUAUAGAAGCAAUAGCAUCCAUAGCUGCUCUUCCAAAAUGAGUGACCAAACUUCACAAUUUUUAAAAAAAGAAAAAAAAAAAAAAAAAAGGAAAGAGAAAAAUAUAAAAAUUUAUAGCAGACAUAGUAAUGGGAAAAACCAAAAAAAUACACUUUUUUCCUUUUAUGCAGAUUCAAGGAAUUGUAACAGUGAAUUAAAUAAUUCGUCCAUUUCUAUUUUACAAAACAGUUUAUUCGAAUGGAAUUGCAAAAAAUUAAUAUUAAAUGAUAAACAAAAUAAUCUACAAGAAAACUUAGUAAAUGUUACAAGUACCACCAAUUGUAAUGAUACAACGGUGGAUGAUGCAAUAAAGAAGAACGCAACAAAUGGUUGUGGAUCUGAAUCUCAAAGAAGUACUCCUAUAAAUGAGGGGUAUCCUAUGAUGAAUGAAAAUUAUGGUGAUUAUACAGAAAAGAAAUAUCUACAGGAGUCUUUACAAGAAAGGGAGGAUAAAUGUAUGAACAUGCACAUGACUUGUAAUGUAGAUCAGAGGAACACGAAUGAAUGGGUAACUUAUGAAAAUGUUAUGCAUAUACGUGAAAAUUUCAAAGCGAGAAAUAAAACCCAUAAUCAGAACCUAUAUACACAAAAUAGCCAAAAAGAAAUCGAUAAGAUCCCCUCAGAUAAAAUAGACAACUUAUGUGUAACAAAAGGCAAAACCAAAAAUUCGCAUCCAGAAAAUCAAAAGUCAUACACAUGCAAUCUGAUAACAGAAGAAAACAUGAAUAUCAGAUGCAAAAAUUACGAUUCUUUUAAAGAUAAAAUGUUGACAAAUGUUACAAGCAUGCACAGUAAGGAUAGAAAAAAUCUUAUUGAAACAGAUGGGAAAGAAAAUUCCAUUUCCUACAACAUAAAGAGAGAAUGUAGUAGUGAUCAUAGUGAUUUCAUAUUUUUAAAUAAAAAGGAAAAGCAAAUUAUUGAUGGAGGUAAUGAUAAUUUAAAUUUUAAUUUACAAAUAAAUUCAUACAAUUAUAAACAGUUGAGAGAAAAUGACAAAAUACAUAUUCAAAACCAUACUGAAAUGAACAAUCUACAUAAUUGCAAUCUUCCCUUUUAUAACACAGACAUAUGUCAAGGAAAAGAUAUUAAAGAAAUUAUUAAAAAUAAUAAAACAAGAAUAGAACAUUUGUACGAUAAUGAAGUAAAUCAAAGUCAUUUAUGCGUUGACGCAAAUUUUAAUGGAUUUAAAUAUAACACAGAUAAUCAGAUGGAAGGGAAAGAGAAUCAAACCCCAUCUUUUGUUAAUAAAUUUCACAAUUCCUACAACUCAGAAAAAAAUUAUUGCUCGUAUUCUAUCAACUCCUACAAUGAAGAUUCAGAAGACAACAAUAUAAUUACAUGUUCCUUAGAUAGUUUCAAUGAGGAAUUCAACAACCCCAUAUCAGUGCCCACGCCAGCGGAUUCUAUUUUUUCUGAUGUCAGUAUGCAUUCACCACAAAAAAAGAAUUUAAAUGAUAUAAGUAAACCACCUAAUUUUGAAAGAAACCAAAUGGGUGAUAUGACAGUAACUCAUCAACAUUCUCCUGAUGGUGCAGAUGAUUAUGGAAACAGUGGAAAUUAUUUCACAACUGACAUGUACAAUCCCAAUAGUUCGAACUUGCAGCGAGGUGGAAACGCAAGCUUAGGAAACGGUCGAUUCACAGGAAACACCUUCCAAAUACACAAGGAACAUGUGAAUUAUAAUAAAGAGGAAGAGCAAUUUUAUGGAAUCAAUUUGAUUAAUAAAAAAGAUGACGAAAAAUCGUUAUGUCUUACUCCCAGUUAUUUUCCUAAAAGGGAAGAUACAAGCUCAUGUAGUGACAAUUUGAAGAAUUUAAAAAUGCAGAGUAAGUACAAUUCAAACAUGGUACAUGAUGAGCACCAAAACAAUUUUGUAAAAUAUAAAAAUGGGAUGCAAAAAGAAAAAAGGAAUAUAUAUAAUGCUACGUUAGAUGAUGAAAACAGUAUUUACGAUAGAAAAGGCAUAAAUGAUAAUAGAAUUGUAACUGAAAAUAUGAACCAUUUAGAUAUGAAUUUGAUUUGCAAACAAAAAAAAAAUAUCAGUAUGCAAAAAACAUACGAAGAUGCACAUCAAAAGAAUAAUAACAUUUACGAUCAAAUGAAUAAUUCAUCCGAUAACAUAAGAAAUAACAUAAUCGGUGUAGAAGAAUGCGAAGGAGAGGGAAUUAAAGAAUUUGAAAAAAAAAAAAAAAAAUAUACAUUGCAUAAAAUAGUAAACACGUUGGAAAUAAAAGAAACGAAAAUAAAAACAAAGCAAGGAAUUUUCGAAAUCACAUCGGAGGGAGAAAUUUUGUUUACCUUUUUAGGGAGAUCAGAAAUUAAAGAAUAUAAAAAUGUGAAAAGAAACAAUAUGAACAUAGAUAUAUCCAAACCAAGAAAAUUAUUAUUUAUAAUUGAAAUAAAUGGAAUAAAUAUAAAGAUAAAAGAUGUUUUGAUAAAUGAUAUACUAGAUUUUUACAAUUUAUUGGAAGAAGAAUUACCAAAAGCACACAAGGUAAGAUAUGAAUAUGCCUAUGAUGUUAUCGAAACGUUAAAAAAACAUACUCCUAAGGUGUCUCUAACCAAAAAAUGGCUUGGUGUGUACAAUCUAAUGAGUAAUGGAACCACACCUGACUUUAUAGCUACAUUGAAGAAUAACAUGUUUAUUGACAAGGUUGAAAUUAAAAAUAACCAAGUAACUUUUAUUUUAAAGGAUAGAAACACAGUGACCUUGAAUAUUGAUGAUUUAAAUGGAGUCACUACAAAAAUUACGAGGCAAAUGAAAAAAAAGGGAGAAAUAGGAGAAAGGGGAGAACAGAACAGUACACAAGUGAAGAAACUUGACGAGAAAAGUGACAAACAGAGCGAUGUAUUUUCAAAAGAAAUAAUUUCAGAUGAUGAACAAGAUGUAAAAGCUGUUUUACUGAAUUUGCAAAUAUUAUUAAAAAAGACUGGAGUGUCCAUCGAUAUAAUUAUCCAAAAUUGGUGUAAUACUUUGCAAGCAUAUUCACAAUGCCUGAGUCUAUUAACAAAAGGAAAUGCAGAAUAUACCCUCAGGUUAAAAAAGGAGUUAGCCAAUGUAACAGGAAAAACUGAAAUUCUUAGGAGAGAAAUUUAUUUUUCCAUAUUCCCUGUCAUAAUUGAGGAGUGA